AGGAUCUACACUGAGCUCUACAUCACAGAGGGACAGAGUGAAGAGGUUAAUACCCAACAUGAGGUGUGGCAGCUGGAGACGACAUCCAAGAUGGAGACCUUCAGUGACACUCCAAUCAAGUGCCAGGACAUCUUUAAACCCUUACCUGGCCAAGACACACACAUCAGAGUAGUUGUGACACAGGGCGUUGCUGGCAUUGGAAAAACCUUCUCAGUGCAGAAGUUCACUCUGGACUGGGCAGAGGGCUUGGAAAACCAACAUGUCACUCCUGUGGUUCUGCUUUCGUUCCGGGAGCUGAACUUGAUCAAAGAUGAGCGCUACAGUCUUCUCCAGCUGCUCCGUGUUUUCCAUCCAACAUUACAGACGGUCACAGCAGAGAAGCUCGCCGUCUGUAAAGUCGUGUUCAUCUUUGACGGCCUGGAUGAAAGCAGGUUUUUAUUGGAUUUCCAGAACAAUGAGGUCGUGUCUGAUGUCACACACACAUCAUCAGUAGACGUGCUGUUGACAAACCUCAUCAAGGGGAAUCUGCUUCCCUUGGCUCUCCUUUGGAUAACUUCCAGACCUGCGGCAGCCAAUCAGAUCCCUCCUACAUGUGUCGACAGGGUAACAGAAGUCCGAGGGUUCACUGACCUUCAGAAGGAGGAGUACUUCAGGAGGAGAUCCAGUGAUGAGGAGCUGUCAAGCAGAAUCAUCUCACACAUCAAGGCGUCCAGGAGCCUCCACAUCAUGUGCCACAUCCCAGUCUUCUGCUGGAUCACUGCUACAGUUCUGGAGCACAUGUUGACUACAGACCAGAGAGGAGAGCUGCCCAAGAGCCUGACUGAGAUGUACUCACACUUCCUGCUGGUUCAGACACAGAGGAAGAAGCACAAGUACGAUGAGAGUCAUGACAGGAGCCAGCAGGAGCUGAUGGAGACUGACAAGGAAGUUCUUCUGAAGCUGGGCAGGCUGGCGUUUGAACAUCUGGAGAAAGGCAACCUGAUGUUCUACCAAGAAGACCUGGAGGAGUGUGGUCUUGAUGUCACAGAGGCCUCAGUGUACUCAGGAGUGUGCACAGAGAUCUUCAAAACCGAGUGUGUGCUCUUCCAGAGAAAAGUCUACUGCUUUGUUCAUCUGAGCAUUCAGGAGUUUCUCGCUGCAGUCUACUUCUUCCACUGCUACAUCAACAGGAACACAGAGGUACUGGCCAGGGUCAUGAGAACACGCAAGAAUAAAGGAGUUGACAAUGAGCCAUCGCUGGAUAUCUUCCUGAAGAAAGUCAUGUCUCAAGCCCUGCAGAGCAAAAAUGGUCACCUGGACCUCUUUGUCCGUUUUCUUCAUGGCCUCUCACUGGAGUCCAACCAGAGGCUCUUAGGAGGCCUGCUGGGUCAGACAGUGAGCAGACCAGAAGACAUCAAGACAGCCAUCAGAAGUCUGAAGAUGAGACGAGCAACGGUUAACUCUCCUGACAGAAGCAUCAACAUCUUCCACUGUUUGAUGGAGAUGAACGACCUCUCAGUACAUCAGGAUAUCCAAGAGUUCCUCAAGUCAGAGAAGAGAUCAAAGAAGAAACUCUCUGCGAUCCACUGCUCAGCUCUGGCCUACAUGCUGCAGAUGUCAGAGGAGGUUCUGGAUGAGUUGUACCUGAAGGCGUACAACACAUCAGAUGAGGGACGACGGAGACUGAUCCCAGCUGUGAGGAACUGCAGGAGGGCUCGAUUGAGGAGCUGCAGGUUGACAGAGAGCAGCUGUGCUUCUCUGGCCUCGGCUCUGAAGUCCAACCCCCAUCUGACAGAGCUGGACCUGAGUGAGAGCCAGCUGCAGGAUUCAGGAGUGGAGCUGCUGUCUGCUGGACUGGAGAGUCCAAACUGCAGACUGAAGACUCUCAGACUUUCUGGCUGUGGACUCUCAGAGACUCACUGGGAAACCGUGGCCUCGGCUCUGAAGUCCAACCCCCAUCUGACAGAGCUGGACCUGAGUGAGAACCUGCUGCAGGAUUCAGGAGUGGAGCUGCUGUCUGCUGGACUGGAGAGUCCAAACUGCAGACUGGAGACUCUCAGAUUGAGGCGCUGUGAGUUGUCAGAGAGCAGCUGUGCUUCUCUGGCCUCGGCUCUGAAGUCCAACCCCCAUCUGACAGAGCUGGACCUGAGUAAGAACAAGCUGCAGGAUUCAGGAGUGAAGCUGCUGUCUGCUGGACUGGAGAGUCCAAACUGCAGACUGGAGACUCUCAGAUUGAGGAGCUGCAGCUUGACAGAGAGCAGCUGUGCUUCUCUGGCCUCGGCUCUGAAGUCCAACCCCCAUCUGACAGAGCUGGACAUUCCAGCUGACAGCCUGAGAGGAUAUGCCUGUGAUCUCACACUGGAUCCAAACACAGCGUACAGAAACCUCCGUCUGUCUGAGGACAACAGGAAGGUGACGUGGGCGAGAGAGUGGCAGCCGUAUCCUGUUCACCCAGAGAGAUUUGACCAGUGGCCUCAGGUUCUGUGUAGAGAAGGUCUGACUGGGCGAUGUUACUGGGAGGUCCAGUGGAGUGGAAGGGUUCAUAUUGCAGUGACUUACAGAGGAAUCAGAAGAAGUGGUGAUGACUCUUGGCUUGGACUCAAUAAACAGUCCUGGAGUCUGUGGUGCUCUGAUAAUGAUAACAGCUACUCUGUCAGACACAACAGGAAGGACACCAGCAUCUCUGUCCGUCCCCGUGGAUCUCGCAGAGUAGCAGUGUAUCUGGACUGCUCUGCUGGGACUGUGUCCUUCUACAGAGUCUCUUCUGACAGACUGAGACUCCUGCACACCUUCAGCUCCACCUUCACUGAGCCGCUCCUCCCUGGGUUUACUUUGUGGUCAUCUGGUUCUUCUAUUGUGGUUAAGCUGCCAGUUUCUCAGAAACAAACUCUGACCUGAAAGUGUUUAGAACAUGUUUGGCUGAUUUGUGGUUUAUGGU